AUGAGCGACUUGAGCAACCACCUCAAACAAUUAAAGGGCACCGAAGAUCAUAAAGGUCUUUCGGAGAGAGAGGAAUCUGAAUUCCGACGCGGCUACGGUAGAAUCAUUGGGUGGAAACCAACAGAUAAGGAGUCAGAACUCGAGCUGCCACGCGAACGAUUCGCUGCUUUUACAAGAGACGUCAUCGUUGAGAAAAUCGCCUCACAGACAAAAGACAUUUUGCAAUCUAAGAUCCAGAUAUAUCUGCGAAUUGCUCUGUCCUCCGGAAUGGCGCACGUGUGUCCCGAAUGUGUUGACCAGGAUUUGGGGUAUUUCAAUAAGAUGGCCGAUUUCGAUAUCCAUUGUUGGGAAAUGAACGAUCAAACACACAUGGGCCUAUCAUCAAAGACCCCGGCAGACUUCCUUUCUGCCUACCUCAAAGCAAUGGGGCUCCCCCAGAUCGAAGAGUUGCCCCCUGGAAGCGGUAAACCGGGACGCUGGACCAAUAGACGAUAUUUGAAGACUGACUAUGUGUUCAAAACAAAGAAAAGGUUUGUUGCGCCGGAAAUUACAGCUGCCGAGGAGCAGGCUAUUAUUUAA